AUACUUUCCGACUUCUCAUUAGUAUAUUUAGCAGAGAUGGGCACUUGCAGCCUCCCCCACACGAGAGCAGCCAGAUUCGGACCAUGUCUCAGCCAAAAGAGAACAUUGUCAUCCUUGGUGGAGGUAUAAUUGGACUAUCAAUUGCAUACUAUCUUUCGCAAGACCCAAACUCGAAUCGAAGCAUACAUAUUAUUGAUUCCGCGCCAACGUUACUCGAAUCAGCUUCUGGCUAUGCAGGAGGGUUCCUCACCCGUGACUGGUUCGACCCACGACUUGCACCAUUCGGUGAAUUCUCUUUCAAACUUCAUCGUGAAUUAGCGGAGUCUUCUGAUGGUCAUCGGCGCUGGGGAUACUGCGGCUCGCACGUAUACAGUUUAACGCUUAAUGGCGCGCCCGGGGCUGCCCGUGGGGAAGACUGGCUGCUAGAGGGAACAAGCCGGGCGCAAGCGGUUGGCCGGAAGACAGUAGGUCAUGUCUCCGCUCCAGGCGAAAGUGUCAAUUCUGAUGGUACUCCGUCAUGGAUCACACCACAAGAGGAAGCAACAUGGGAAGUGGUUGCUGGCACAGAGGACUGUGGGCAGCUGGAUCCAAGAAAGUUGUGUGAGCAUUUGCUGUCUGAAUGCCAGGAAAGGGGUGUGGAAAUCGUCCCAUCCACCCGUGCCACUGCUAACAAACAAAGACAUGACCAGUCGUCCGUGUUGACACUCCAGUCAUCUGUUGAUGAUAAAGCACCGUCGUUUAUCCGCUGCACCAAUCUGAUCAUCGCCGCAGGGUGCUGGACCCCACGCGUCUUGGACACUCUCUUUCCGGGACAUAGAGUAAAGCUGGAGAUAGAUGCACUGGCAGGCUACAGUAUUGUAUACAAAACCCCCAGAUACACCAAACCUUUCCGAAAUAUUGCCCACGGCGAGAAAGGGAAAUUCAACGCUAGGGACAAAUAUGUCUCGUACGCCAUCUAUUGCCCAUCGACGAAACACUGGACGUACUCACCAGAAGCUUUUGCCAGACUCAGCGAGAACGAAAAGCCCGAGAUAUGGGUGGGAGGGCUGAAUCGAGACCAAACCCAACUGCCACUGCCAGAGCUUGCUACAGACUGCAAAAAGCUCAUGAAAAGUGAAGACUUAGCGAACCUUCGACAGACCGCAGUCCAUAUGACCGGCCUGCCGGGUCUGGGUGGAAAUCCGACUGAAGAUGACCUUGAGAUCCUAAGAGAAGGAUUAUGCUUCAGACCAGUAAGCAAGAGCGGUGUUCCGACUGUGGGGCGGAUUGCACCUAUGGACUUGGGUGCAGACUUUCGGUCCGGAUUGGGUGCAAAGGUGUGGAUCGCAAGUGGCCAUGGGCCAUGGGGUAUCUCCAUGGCUCUAGGAACAGGCGUUGUGAUCAACGAUCUCAUUUCUGAGCGGGAACCAUCUGUAGACAUAUCUGCUCUCCAAGUGCAAACUAGGGCUCCAGGAGGCUCCAAGAUGUGACACUGAAACUUAUUUUGUUAGAUAUAACAGACAAUUACACGACCACUUAUA